AUGCAUCCACUUCCCACCCCUCAAUCCCUGUCCCGGGACCACUCACACUUUAGAGAGGAGCCGUGGCGCCGAGAAAGUGGGUGGGUUCCCUUCUUCCUCCGGACUGAGGCUGAAGCUGCGGAAGGCUCCGACUGGCGCGGGACUGAGGCAGAAGCGGGGCUCGUGUCGCUCAACCAGGCGGCCACCCGGGUCUCUUCCGCGCCGCCGAAGCAGAGGCGGCAGCAGCACUGCUUACCUCCUCUUUUCCUCUUCCUGGGUCUCUUCAGGUUGUGUUUUCUGCCCGUCCUGGGCCACUUCUCCCGGGACAGUCACGUUCGGGAGGCUCCGGAUUUUUUUUUUAUAAAGUUUUCUCUGGGCGGUGGCAGCGGCCGGCCACGAGAGAAGACCCCCGAGGGGGUUAAGGGGAGGGGGAAGGUAAGGAAAGGACGGUGGCGCCGGUCCUGCUCUCCACGCUGCCCGGGCCGCCGCUUCACAUGGGGGUCCCCGCCCCCCCGCCCGGGGGUGGUCGAUGAGCUUGGGGCCCCGGCUCAUACACUCCGGGGCGAGAUGCUACGGCCCCGGGCGGGUGGCCGAGGCGGCGGCGAGGUGGGGGACCCGGCCGGCUCCGCUCGGCGCCGCCCCCGCUCCCGGCUCCCGCAUGUGUCGCUGCGGCUGGGACCCCCUCCCUAUACCUUGGGGGUCCCUCGCCCCGUGCCCCGGGACCAGACAGAAGCUCCGGCACCUCCUCAGCGUCCUCUCACGGCGGAGCAGCUGACUACUCCCGGCCCCAGGUAGCCGCCUCCCUGCCCCCCAGCCGCCGGCUCCGACU